CUGACUUUAAUAAAAAGUGUUGAGAUGAAUGAUGAAAAAGGGGAGCUUCUGCAAGAGGUAUGAAGCUAAGAAUUAAAAUAUUAUUUACCAAAAUACUUACAGAAAAGCUUUUUAUUAUUCUUUAUGAAGUAUCUAAGUACCAGCAGGGAAAAGGGAAGCAUGAUUUUACUUUUUAUAUGUCUGCUUUGGAGAAGUUCAUGAAGCAACUCUCCUCUUUGCUGUACGAAAUAGUCCCUUUUGGCCUCAUUUAUAUGAAGCAGAUGAAUGCUUUUAAAAUGAACUUUAUCUGAGCUCGGACCUCUGGAGUUUUGGAGGCAGAAUGAGGUACUGAAAAUCAGACCUUUAUGGAAACUGCACCUUUCAUAUACAUUGUGGCCCUGGCAUGCAGCAAAAGAUGAAGAUAAUGAGACUGAAGCCAGCAGGAUGAGUAAAUUAAGAAGGACAAGAAAGAAAGUCAGCAAAACACAUCUCUGUUCUACUCAAGUGGAAGAAAUGAAUGCAUCGGAUUCAAACGAGAGGACUGGAAACCAAAUGGUGUGCCACGCACCAGGAGACAUGAGCAAACCUACUGAAUCUCAUCUAUCACACAAUGACAAGGACUCCCAGGAUCAAACUACAGUGAUAAAAGCACCACCUCCUAAAACAGCAACCAGUGUUCUAGUUGGUGAAUCUAACUCAAACUCUGAUCAUGCUGGGAACAGCACUCAGAUUUUGACUCCACCUCAACUUUCUUCUAAAAUGAAGCAUAUUAAGCAAGAGAUGGCCAAAAAUCACCUUCAGUUUGUGCGUUUUGAAGCGACAGACCUACAUGGUGUGUCUAGAUCCAAGACCAUCCCCGCAUACUUCUUCCAAGAAAAAGUGAUCCAGGGUGUUUUCAUGCCCCGAGGCUACCUUGAAUUGAUCCCCAAUCCUAAGGAUGAUGAAGUGAAUCACAUAAGAGCCACAUGUUUUAACAGUGACAUCGUCCUGAUGCCGGAGCUGUCGACCUUCAGAGUGCUGCCCUGGGUGGAGAGAACGGCCCGGGUGAUCUGUGACACCUUCACGGUGACUGGGGAGCCCCUGCUGACUUCCCCCAGGUACAUGGCCAAGAGGCAGUUGAGCCAGCUGCAGGAUGCAGGCUUUUCCCUGCUCUCAGCCUUCCUCUAUGACUUCUGCAUUUUUGGCGUGCCGGAAGUUAUCAAUUCAAAGACGGUGUCUUUUCCUGCUUCCACAUUUCUGUUUAAUCAUGACCAGCCCUUCAUGCAGGAACUCGUGGACGGCUUGUAUCACACCGGGGCCACGGUAGAGAGCUUUUCCUCUUCUACGAGGCCCGGUCAGAUGGAAAUCUGUUUUCUGCCCGAAUUUGGCAUUACUUCAGCUGAUAAUGCAUUUACUCUCCGAACAGGUGUCAAAGAAGUGGCCAGGAAAUAUAAUUACAUUGCCAGUUUCUUCGUUGAGACUGGCUUCUGCAAUUCAGGUGUUUUGUCCCACAGUGUCUGGGACCUCAGUGGGAAGGAGAACUUGUUCUGUAGCGGCUCUGGGUCCGGGCAGCUCACGGUCCCCGGGAGGAAGUGGCUGGCAGGGCUUCUGAGACACUCUGCAGCUCUCAGCUGCCUGAUGGCACCUGCUGUCAGCUGCCGUAAGCGCUACCAUAAGGACAGCAAAGACCCGAAGCCCACCGUGCCUGCGACCUGGGGCUACAAUGACAACAGCUGCGCUUUCAACAUCAAAAGUCACGGUGGGAGGGGCACCCUGAUAGAGAACAAGCUGGGCUCUGCCACCGCCAACCCCUACCUGGUGCUGGCUGCCACCGUGGCCGCCGGCCUGGACGGGCUGCAGAGCUGCGAGGAUGCCGAGCUUGAUCUCGGACCUGCCGACAGCACCGGGGUGUGCCAGCCGCCACUGGCCGAGAUCCCCUUGAAACUAGAGGACGCCCUCGUGGCCCUGGAGGAGGACCAGUGUCUGCGACAGGCUCUGGGAGAGACUUUCAUUCGGUAUUUUGUUGCCAUGAAGAAAUAUGAGCUGGAAAAUGAAGAAACAGAUGCAGAGAGAAAUAAAUUCUUGGAGUAUUUUAUUUAGAGUGAAACACUUAACUCUUCCUUUUGAGACAUUGUUUUGACUUAAGCUGCUAAUCUAGCAGCAGGAGAAGACUGAACUUUCCUAAUUAACCACUGCUCUGCAAAUGCUUACUCUCUUUUCUGUUGUCCUCAUGGGAUCUUUGUCAGGUGAACUGGGGUUGCUGAGAAGGUUCUGUAAUGGAUCUAAACAAUAAAAGUCGUGGAGAAGCUUUAACGAGCACCUAUCA